AUGGGUCACGAAGAUGCAGUCUAUCUGGCCAAGCUCGCCGAGCAGGCUGAGCGGUACGAAGAGAUGGUCGACAACAUGAAGAUUGUCGCCUCUGAAGACCGCGACCUGACCGUCGAGGAGCGCAACCUUCUGUCCGUUGCCUACAAGAAUGUCAUUGGCGCCCGCCGUGCCUCUUGGAGGAUAGUCACUUCUAUUGAGCAGAAGGAGGAGUCUAAGGGCAACUCGUCCCAGGUCACCCUCAUCAAGGAGUACCGACAGAAGGUGGAGGCCGAGCUUGCCAAGAUCUGCGACGAUAUCCUUGACGUGCUUGACAAGCACCUGAUCCCCUCUGCCAAAUCCGGCGAGUCCAAGGUCUUCUAUCACAAGAUGAAGGGUGACUACCACCGUUACCUCGCCGAGUUUGCCAUCGGAGACCGCCGCAAGGACUCUGCCGACAAGUCCCUCGAGGCUUACAAGGCUGCCACUGAGGUUGCCCAGACCGAACUGCCUCCAACUCACCCCAUCCGCCUGGGUCUUGCCCUCAACUUCUCCGUUUUCUAUUACGAGAUCUUGAAUGCCCCCGACCAGGCUUGCCAUCUUGCCAAGCAGGCCUUUGAUGAUGCCAUUGCAGAGCUCGACACUUUGAGCGAGGAGAGCUACAAGGACUCUACGCUCAUCAUGCAGCUCCUGCGUGACAAUUUGACCUUGUGGACUUCAUCCGAGGCCGAGACCUCGGCUGCCGCUGGUCAGGCUGAAGCUCCCGCCAAAGAGGAGUCUGCUGCUCCUGCUGCUGAGGCAACUGCCGCCGCCGACCAGACCAAGGCCACUGAAUAA